UUUUAUGACAGUGAAUGUAAUGACAUCAAAGUAUUCUUGUUUACUAUUUGUGAUCUUUUAAAAAAAAAUUCGUGAAAUUCUUUACGAACGCAAUAAACCAGAGUUUUCACCUUCCAAAGAAUGGCUAUUCUGACCUCAACACGGUUACUGACUACAUUUACCGUUUGACAUAGAACUCAGCACUGGGUAUUAUUAGGAGAACUUCACAUGGACACAUUCGAAACUGCAUGUGCAAUACACAACAGAGAAUUUUGUGUAAAUAAGAUGAGUGUAGAAAGCUUCGUCAAUCAACAUAUCCAACUUCUCGAAAAAGAACGAGAGGCGGAGAUAGAGGAAACACGGCAUCUAAAUGAAAGCUUGCCACCGAAAGAGCUUCAGAGGCGAGGCGUGUGCCUACUGAAGCUCCAAAUUAAGAACCGACGCACUGGAUUGUAUGGAAGAACAGUUGUAACAUUUGAGCCAGGGGGAGGACACUUGGAGUUACCUGCCCAUAACCUGACACCAGGUGAUAUUGUCAGUCUGAAUGUCAGUUCUGCUCAACAAGGAGAUGAGAGUUUGCUGUCUGGCGUUGUCACUCAUGCAGGGAAGGCGGCCAUUAGCGUGGCUUUUGAUGAGAAGGAUUUGUUCAGUCUGGAUGAGGAUGACCUAUACAAACUCACCAAGCUAGCCAAUAAUGUCACAUAUAAAAGGCUCAAAAAUGCUCUUAACAACCUUAAAAGGGGAGAUUCUGGUGUGUCAAGUAAACUUGUUGAUGUAUUGUUUGGGGAAACAGAGUUGUCGCCUCCUUUUCAUCUUAAAGACAUACACCCAGUAAACACUCAGUUAGAUGAAUCCCAACAAGGUGCUGUUCAGUUUGCUCUUGCUCAACCAGAGGUAGCUAUUAUUCAUGGUCCACCGGGCACAGGAAAAACCACAACUGUCAUUGAAAUCAUCAUCCAGGCCAUUAAACAGGGCAACAAGGUUUUAGCCUGUGCACCCUCCAACAUUGCUGUGGACAAUUUAUUGGAAAGACUAGCUCUUCAUAGACAGAAAGUGAUCAGACUUGGUCAUCCUGCACGAGUGCUGCCUCACAUUCAGAAAUACUCACUGGACGCCAUCUUGUCCUCCAGUGAUGAAACUCGUCUAGUGGAGGAUGUCCGAAAAGAUCUGGAUAAAAAUCUGUGUACAAUAAGAAGAACAAGGGACCGUGGAGAAAAACAAAAAUUGCGAGAAGAUAUCAAGUUUUUGCGUAAAGAAUUGAUGCAGAGAGAAGAGGCAGCUUCGAAGGAGAUCCUUAAACGAGCUGAUGUUGUCCUGGCAACACUUACAUCAGCUGACGGAAGUGGGCCAAUCAAAUAUCUUGAUAAAAAACACUUUGAUUUGGUUGUGAUUGAUGAAUGCUCACAGGCAGUUGAGGCAGCUUGUUGGAUUCCUUUAUUGAGAGCCCCUAGAUGUGUAUUGGCUGGGGAUCAUUUACAGCUUCCACCAACCAUUCUAAGCAAAGAAGCUGCCAGUGCUGGCCUUGAGAGGACCUUAAUGGAGAGAGUCCUUGACCUUUAUGAUGGAAAGGUCAUGAGGAUGCUGACCACCCAGUACAGAAUGCAUCAGCUAAUCAUGCAGUGGUCAUCUGAGCGGUUGUAUGAAGGAAAAUUGAUAGCACAUUCCUCGGUAGCUGGUCAUCUCCUAAGGGAUAUAGGCAAUGUUGAAGAAGACGAAGAGACGUCUGAACCUCUGCUGUUGAUAGACACUGCUGGCUGUCAGCUCUUUGAACUUGAUGUUCCUGAUGAAAUCUCCAAAGGAAAUGAAGGAGAAGCAGACAUUGUUAGCAAUCAUGUGGAAAAGUUGAUAAACCUUGGAGUUAAUCAGGAAGAGAUAGCAGUGAUUGCCCCCUACAACUUACAGGUUGAGCUUUUGAGAUUAAGACUCUCCAAUAACUAUCCAAAAGUAGAAAUAAAAUCUGUGGAUGGGUUUCAAGGAAGGGAGAAAGAGGCUGUAAUCAUUUCGCUAGUCAGAAGCAAUAUGAAAGGUGAAGUAGGAUUUUUAGCUGAGAAAAGAAGAAUCAAUGUCGCGGUAACGCGGGCAAGACGUCACCUAAUGGUGGUGUGUGACAGCGAAACUGUGGGGCAUGACACAUUCUUAAAGUCUUUAGUUGACUAUAUGUCAAGUCAUGGAGUUGUGAGGACAGCUCAGGAAUUUUUAGAAGCUGGGGUUGUAUAUAACAAAUUGACACGACCAGAUCACCUUAAUGACCUUUUGACCUUACCAAACAACAACAAAGGUGCAAAACCCAAGUCUGCCAAAAAGCAGCAGAAAUCACAAAACAAAAAGAACCCUGUCAAACUAGAGAGUCAAGUUCCAGCUGCAGAGAAAUAUCAGAAAACACAAGAGGAAACAAAUGAGAAGAUCAAAGAAUUUCAGGAGUAUUUAGAUAAAUUUGCACAGGAGCCCUCUUCAGAGGAACUGGAAUUUCCUUCUACUUUAAACUCGCAUGAUAGAAUGCUUGUCCAUGAGUUGUCAGAAAAGAUGGGACUGGUUCACAUCAGCAAAGGAUCUGGAAAAGACCGACAUAUUGUUGUGUCAAAACCAGGAGGCAACAGUUCAGAAUGUGUCAAAUCUACAAUGCUGUCCAUUUCUGAGAUUUCUGGUAGUGAAAGAUCAAACACCAAGGGAGAUAAGAUCUGUCUUAAGACAGAUGAAGGUGAUUUGCCAGUACAAGGUCCACCAGAAGAACUGGAUCUACAAAUUCAGAAAGAACCUGAUAAAGUGACAUGUAGACACUGUAGCAAAUCUGUGAUAAAAGCUAACAUCCAGCUACAUGAGACACACUGUUUGAGAAUACAGAGGCAAAAAUCAGCACCAAAAUCUGCUAAUUCUGAUGGGAAAAAGCAGAGGGAUGUGCCAAAAGUUCCAAAUGCACACACAGAUGUGGUAGCAAAACUUGAGAAGGUGGCUGGGGAUGAUCUGGAUAGCAUGAUAGCAGCUGUUCAGAGUGUGGACAGGGAGUGUAGUUUUAAGAAAUGUAAAACAAGUACUCAGACUCUGGGACAGGUGUGUGAAUUCUGUAGGAGGAAGUUCUGUCUUAAUCAUCACAUGCCUGAGAUUCAUGGAUGUGGGGAUGCAGCAAAGGCUAAAGCCCGAGCUACCAUCAUUAGGGAGGGGGUCCUCUACAGAGGCAGUGGGGUUCCUGACAAGAAGCCUGACCCAACACGUAAGGCUCAGCUACAGAUGAAGUUAGAUAAAAAAUUGACUGAUAUGGCUACCAAAAGACAAGGGAAGAAGCCCAAGAAGUAGAUGUUUAAUGUCUGUAGCAAGGAGUAGUGCAGUACACUUACUGACUAUAACAUAGCAUCUUCAAUGUUUUCUAAUCACCAUUUCAACAAUUUGAGUUUAUGUUUAUUUUAAUAUUGGCACUGGUUGAGCAUAAAUUGAGUAUGACUGUAAAAAAUUUCAAUUCUUAUCAUUUUAAACUAUUUUAUAUUUUUGAGCAAAGAUGAUAUGUAGUGCAUUGUUAAUGCAGGUAUGAUUCAAUAUUUCAAUAACAAAUGACAAAUAAGUUGAUGUUAAAGGGGUAAAGGGGUUUCAACAGUCUUGUUUAAAGUCAGCAUUUUGCAAAUUCUAUGGUCUUGUAAUGAUCUUGUUUGCCAAUACAGCCUCUCUUUGGGUUGACUGUUGUAUGACAUGUUCCAUAUAAAUUGGUAGACUGUUCUUUUCAUAAAGAAUUUGACUAUGGAUUACAUGAUAUAGACAGGGGGAUUGUAGUGGGUGUGACUGGGAGUGUUUGCUCCUCCUAGGCACCUGAUCCCACCUCUUGUGUUUUCUGGGAUCUCUAUCCCUUUCUUGAUUUUGUAUUUUUUAUAACAUUUAUGAGAUUGAUCACUGUUCAAAAUUUUCACCUUUUUUAUUUCAAUAGAUUAUGCAUGGAGGCUAUAGUCUGUUUAUAGUAUCCAGACCAGAUGUACUACUGCAUCCUGGUACAUGUGGGGUUUUGAUGUGUGAUUUUAAAUUCUAGAUUUAACCAAAAUAAAUGAAUAGUUUCAGAGCUGUGUUCUUAUAACAUUAACAAAUGUCGCCUUUUGAUUCAGUAUAAUGUACAAUCUAUAGAUAUAUCGACCUAGAAAAAACGCAUAUUGACCAUGCAUAAAAAUCUAGAAAUAUAUCUUAUCAUGUAUAAUGUAUAUGAUCAUGGGAUUCUGAAGAAAUUUAGAAUAAAGUUUCUCUUUACAUGCAUGUACGUACAUGUCAAAAUUAUACAAUUAACGGGGAGAAAUAUUUUCUGAAAUAUCCAUUAAGCAAAGGGCAUAUCAUUCAUUAUUCACACUAGCUUAAAGCAAAAUGAAUGUGCAUAAUCCUUCUGUAACUUAUGCACAUGGCAUGCAGUUAUUAUGGAUCGUAUUUCCGCCAUGGAAACGCAUUGAAUGCGGACGAUUAUUUACCUGGGACCACUCGUAAUUGUAACGUCCACAAAAAGCCCAUGCCGAUCAGCUAUAUUCAAUCGGGGAAAGUAUCGGAGUAGAAUAUUUACCCUGUAUUGUGAAUACUUAUUAUCCGCCACAUGAGCGGCCGAUGUGUUUAUGAAUGUGGUAGAAAAUGCGUAUGAGGAAAUGAGAAAUUAUUUUUCAUUGUUUAAGUAGAACAAUUCCUUAUCAAUUUAAUGUAUAAAAGUUGUGAAUAAAAGAUUUUAAAGAUA